AUGCCGAUGCCAGGAAGCACGCCCGACAAGGCCGAAGAGGCCAAGCAAUCCCUUUUCACCUAUGCGAAGACAUGGGGUGAAUCUCCCCUCCCACCAACCGUCCUGGCAACGCUGAUCACAGCUCAACACUUCCGUCCCCUGCAGCCUCUACCCAUGCUGUUCCCUCCGAUCCUGCUCUUCAGCAGCUACCUCAACAUCCAGGGCUUCAAAAAGGACUCUGCGGGACUGGCCAGCGCGUGGAGCAUUGCCUACUUCUUGCUGGCGCGACGGAGGAAGCAGCCAUUGACGAAGAAGUUCGGUGCAAGGGGAAUCGUGAGAGGCGCGACUCUUGCCUUUUGUGCGGUCAAUGGAAUUGCGGGCGGAUGGGCGUACUGGAAGGGAACGCGAGAGGAGAAGGAGAUUGUUUGA